GCCAUGGCGACCGCGGAGAGGACUGCCAUCCGUAACAUCCUCGGAUACUACAAUGAGAGGACUUACGAAGCACCUUCGGCGUGGCUCAGCAUCCAGGACGGCCAGUUGAACGAGAAGGUGAAGCAGCUCGAGGAGGGCGGCGUGCCAGCGCACCAGUGCAUCUCCCAAGUGAGCGGCGAGGUCAUCCAGGCCAUCUGCACCGCCGCGCGCCCGAGCCCCACGGCGCCCGUCUGGCUGAAGAUCAAGGCUGCGCACAAGAAAGCCGUUUCAGCAGGCGGCGCCGAGAAGACGCGCCCCGAGUUCCGCAUCUUCAACUACCUCGCGGCCGAGCACCCCACCGACGGAGUUGUGGCUAACUCGAGGGCUUUGCCGUGCGAGGUCUACGAGAAGGCUGCUGACGCAAGUGGCGAGAGGCCUUUGGUGAUCCAGGCCGGCCUCGCGAUCAAUUGGGCCGAGAACGGGGCGUUCAAGCUGACGGGCGAGCAGGAGGUGUCGGAGGGUGUCUCGCACUACAGGGCCAUCCAGCACGUUUCUGGCGCCGAAGCGUUCGG